ACCUCCCAGCCGAGUGCAACCAACUCAAGAAAUUUUUUUUAUUGUUUUUUAACAAAUCUCCAACACAAUGUCUUUCAUCACACGGGAAUACAAGUUUGAGAGCAGCAUGGUGCAGCAGAAAUCAGAUCAGCACACGAUGGCCAUGCGGAGUCUGAAGAAACUCGUCAAACCACUGCUGCGGCUAGUGAAGAAAAAGCAGCUACUGCGGAAGACUCUGGCCGAGAUCCAGAACCAGAACGACAUCAACGCCUCGCUGGAGGACAUGCGCAAAGAUCCCGCCGUCAGCUGCGACAACAUGGCCAACGAGCAACUGGAGCAGCGCCUCUACAACGAUCUGAAGCAGUGCCCCAGCAACGUGGCAAUGAUCGUGCAGCAGGGUCAGCAGCAGCACGUCGUCCCCGUCCAGCCCGAGCAGACCUUCAUCCCGGUCCACUUUGCCCGCACCAGCAGCGGCACCUUCUUCUGGACCACUGCCGAGGGUGCCCGCCAGCACCAGGAGCAACAGUUGCGCCAGCAGUUCGAUCGCUGGGUUCAGGCCUAGGAAUCCCACUUGAAUCCACUGGCAAAGGAGACCCUAUCCAAUUGGACGGCAGCUUUAAAUGCAAGUGUCCCAUUCCCGUCCAUUGCACGGAUGGGAAAUGGCCGAGCUUCGCAGGAUCGUAAUCUCAGGGUGAUAUUAGGUAUAGAUUGGAUUCUUUGGUUCCUCCCAAGGAAAUGCAACUCUAAUUGAUAUUCAAUUAUUAUCACAAUCAAUUGUAACUAUAUAAAUACUUGUGAUGUCUUGUGUCUUAUUAGAAUUAGGGUUUAGUCUUAGGAAAAUCAUUGUCUUCCAUGUUUGUUUGUUAGGGUCAUAGUAUAAGUACCUAGGCUAAUAAU